GUUCUUUCUACGACUGUUCCAUCAAUUUUCAGUUGAAAAAAACCAGUGACGGCUUGUAGAGGAAUUUUGUUCGUCGUCGUUCGUCGGUUUAUUGAUGAACGUAGCUAUCUGCUUCCAAGUAUCGUAAAUAAAAGUAAAUAUGGUGUGAUAACGUAAUGGUGAAUCAUUUUACGGCGCGCGUACUCGGCGCCGCACAAUCACUUAAAAGUCAGUUAGCUGCUAUGCUCGCGUCGUAGCGGACGGAUUUCACACUCGCAACCAGUCGAUAUUAUGUGGGCCGAACGAGAAACCGAAACAAAAUUUUUACCAUUAUGAUGCCUAUGGUGUACACAGUGUAUGGUCUUGCCAUAUUUUUCAUAAUCGCGUGGGUGUGCGUGUGGUUGAUUCACAUAAUGGCCCUCUCGUAUUCGAAGUGGAAGUUGCACCGGACCGUGGACCGGUCUCCGCCGGAGCAGCCGUACCCCGGCGUGUCGAUCCUGAAGCCGCUGACCGGCGUCGACCCGAACCUGCUGUCGAACCUGGAGACGUUCUUCACGCUCGACUACCCCACGUACGAGCUGCUGUUCUGCGUGGAGACCGAGAAGGAUCCGGCGGUGAUGCUCGUGAAGCACAGUCUCCUGACGAAGUACCCGAACGUCGAUGCGCGAUUGUUUAUCGGGGGGAUGCGCGUCGGGGUGAACCCGAAGAUAAACAACAUGCAGCCGGCGUUUUUGGCGGCGAAGUACCCGCUGAUUCUCGUCAGCGACGCCGGCAUCCGGAUGCGAGACGACUCGCUGCUGGACAUGGUUCAGCACAUGCGGGAGGACGUCGCCAUAGUGCAUCAGAUGCCGUUCGCGUACGACGCGGAAGGUUUCGCGGCUGUUUACGAGAAGGUGUUCUUCGGGACGGCGCAGGCGCGCAUGUACAUGGGCGCCGACUUCCUUGGCAUCAACUGUCACGUGGGGAUGUCCUCGCUGGUGCGGCGGUGCGCUCUGGAAGAGAUGGGCGGGCUGGCGGCGCUGGCGGACUACUUAGCGGAGGAUUACUUCAUGGGGAAGGAGGUGGUGUCGCGCGGCUGGCGGAUGCGAGUGGCGUCGCUUCCCGCGCUGCAGAACUCGGGCUCGCGGUCGGUGGGCGCGCUGCAGGCGCGGCUGACCCGCUGGGCGCGGCUGCGGAUCGCCAUGAUCCCGACGACGGCGCUGCUGGAGCCUCUAAGCGAGUGCCUGCCGCUGGGCGCCGGCGCCGCGUGGGCCUCCGGCGUCCUCUUCGGAGCCGAACCUCUCCCGUUCUUCCUAGUGCACGUGCUAGUGUGGUUCCUCUCGGACUGGCUCAUGCUGCGCACGGUGCAGAACGGCUCGCCUCCGUUCACGAAAGUGCAGUUCCUCCUCGGCUGGGUGUGGAGCGAGUGUUGUGCGCCCUUCGUGCUGGUCGCGGCCGUGCUCAACCCCGAGAUCUCGUGGCGGACUCGCUCUUACAAGCUCGACUGGGGCGGCCGGGCUCACGAACUGAAACCCAAAACUCAAAAGCUUUAAUUUGUGAAGUACACUUGAUUCUGAAAUGCUUGACGUGUGAUUCCCAUUGAAUGGUGUGUGCGUGAUUUGUAGUAUAAGUUUUUAUUUAUAGUUUUCAAAUGGAUGAAUACUUGUUACUUUUGUUUUAGAAAGAUAUGUACAUUUUUAGAAGAUACUGUUGUAUUUAAUUUUGUGGUAAUGAUGAUUACCGUUACAGUUAGAAUUUUGCCAUAUUGCAUUGAGUACAAUAUUUUUAUCAGGAGCUGAUAAGAAUAGACUGGCUUAUGGUUCCAUGUUGAGUGAUUCAAUAUCCUCAUUGAUUAUUUAUCAGUUAUUUAUUCGUAACAAGAUGAGUGCUUUGCGAUGAGUCAUAUCUCUUUUGAAGCCUUGAGCUAUAUUUCUUUUGAGUGCUUUGAUUCUCUGAAUGUUUACCUAAAUAAAUAAUUAUUUUACGAUGCUAAAUGCAACUUCAAUUUUAAAUUGUAUGCUUGUGAUAAUCUGAGUGAUUAGCCACAAGGUUUAUAAUUGUACAAUGUUACAAUUACCACAGAAAUUAAUACUAGCGCAUUGCAUAACUUCCUUGUAUACUACUUGUAAUUGUAUCUAAAGCUAAGUUAAUUAUUUUGUACCAGAAUGUUACCUACCUAUCCUUAAUGACUGUAUUAUAAAUGUUAACAAAACAUACAGGGUGAUUUCUCUCUUGAAAAAUUAAUAUACUUUUUAAUGUCUACAAUAUUUGGUAAAGUACCUUUGGACGGAAUGUAUAGGAUUUGAAGUGUGCAAUAUUUUAAACGAUCUGUUUCCCUAAUGCGAAACCCAAUUUAGAUUUAUUGUGGCAAACAGUCUACAUUAAUAUCAUACUAUGUUCUGUAUCACUUGUAACAAUGCCCUAUGUAACCUCAUAAAUAUGUAAACUUGCUUAACGUAGCACCUAAUGUUACUUUUAGGCACACUGAUAUGAUAGAAAUAGAUUUGCGAGAAGGGAGACUGAAUUGGGACCAAGUGAGGGGGUAAAGUAAUUUGUUUACGAUGAGAAUGUUCGCUGACCAGUUCGUUUAUCUGAAAUGAUAAGAUUGUGAGUCCAAAGGUAUACUGCUGCUUUAAAUUCAAUAUACCUCUGCAAUACUAUUUUAAGUCUUUUAAACGACAUCAAUCAUAAUACUGUAAAAUUAAUGUGAUUUUCGGGCUUUGUAUUUAUUGUUUCAAUCACAAUUUUGUACAGUCAGCUUCUAAUACUUUGUGACACCCAAAAUGGCCAAAAAACUGACAAUACAACCUUAUUUCAAUUGUAACUAAGAUGUGUUGUGUUCUUUUUGGCUACUAAGGCCCAGAACACACGGUGAAACGCAACUGCAACGAAACUGCAACUUCUAGUUACUUUUGAGUUGCACCUAAGUUUCUGCUAUAGAUUCCGUUGAGAGACCACACAUGAUGCGACCAGUUUGACCAGUUCAAAUCGGUUUCAAGUUUCGUUGCAGUUGCGCUUCACUGUGUGUUCUGGGCUUUAGGGUGUCACAAACUAUUAGACGCUGACUGUAACACACAGGCUUCUGACGCAUUUGUAAUAAUGUCUGCAUCAGAAGUCCUAAUUUGAUAUACAGGCUUAAACUAUCUUAUUCAUGCAUGACCUUCAUGAAAGAGGAUAAAUACAGCCAUAUUUAAAAUGUACGAUUUGGUUAAUAUAUCCCACACAUUUUGCUUUAAGCUGUAUAUCAUAUCAACCCAGCUGAGUCAAUAACCUGCUUUAAUUAAUCUAAUUCAAAUGUAUGCCUAAUUAUUUAUGUAAUAGUGUUGGUACUUUUUUACAACCCAUUAACCAUAUUUGCCGUCGCUAUGGGUCCCCGAAACUUGAUGCUUUCGUGCUAGCUACAAUCUGUACUCUAUAUCCACCGAAACAUUUUUAUCUGUCAAUAUUUUAUUUCACAUACGGAAAUAACGAAGACAUUUUUAGUACUCUGACAAUUUUUUUUACAAAACAUGUAACACUAAAGCUUGUGACACACAGAAGGCGCAGAUAGAGCACGUUAACCAGUGUGCUUCAAAUUCGCAUCAUUGAAGCCAUUAGACAGAAUAAUAAUAAUAAUUCGUAAUUUUAAUUUAAUUGCUAAAUAAAUAAAGUUGAUUUUGCAUUUCCUUCCGAUUGUAAAGGGACAAAUACCUAUACUUAUUUUGAACUAACUUGUUUGUCACCAAAAUAUCUGUUCCACGAUGCGCAUCUGUGUGUCACAAGACUCACAAGGUUAAUGCUGAUGUCCAUUUAUCCGACCUUGGGUUUUUUAACAUAAAUAAAAGAGAGUAGACCACAAUUGUUAUGGUGCAGUAUUGUUAUUAUUACCUAAUAGCUUUUUAUUUAUAUUUCAUUAUGAAACAUGGAAGUUUAAAGAUCUCAUUGAAAUAACAUUAUUAAAAUAAAUGUAAACAUUGUUUAUUAAAGCCUGACUUUGUUUUUA